GUGAGUGCAUUAAGCCUCUAUAACACGAUUUUCGGUCCCCAAACUUGUCGGAUUUCAUGUUCGUGCGAGCAGCCAGUAACGGCAGUAUCGAAGUGACAUGCGAUUCCAUGUCCUUGGUCUGGGACCCGUUGGUCAGCUCAUCGCAUUUCAUUUGCGGCGAAGCCUGUCUCCCAAGCAUGCCGUUAGUAUUAUGUUCAAGGACCGAACAUACGCAAGGCGCAUGCGCGGCUUACCACUUCACGUCGAAUACGACGGGGUUGUCAGCUCUGUCGCGGGAUUCGAGACAGAAUCAUCACGACCUCCUCAAAACUCCUGGCUUUCUUCAACGCCACAGACUCCUGGGGAUGACAGGAACGGUUUGCAGGAAGCACGAUGGAGUGGACCUGUUGUACCGUCGCGAGAUGAGUUGCAGUCAACUUCAGUGUCGGAAGAAGAGGAGGUUGCCGAAGAAAGACACAUUGACUCCUUAUUUGUCGCAUGUAAAGCGCAGUCGACGCUGCCUGCAAUCAAAGAAGUGGAACACCGACUGUCAUCAGACAGCACGAUUGUCCUGUUGCAGAACGGGAACCUCAGGGUGCACGAGCUCCUUAUGGAGAAAGUCUUCACGAACCCUGCGAACCGUCCCAAUAUCAUACUCGUCUCCAACACUCAUGGCAUCUGGCUCAAGCGUGCACCAUUCCACAUUGUCCACGCUGGGAUUGGACAACUACGCUUCGGUAUCGUGCCUGAUGGGAGGAGAGACUUCGAGAAGAGCUUGCACGCCUCGGAUAAUGACGGCCAUAAGCCACGCCUUCAUAUCAACGACAUCGCACUCCCAAAGGGCGACCACGAGGUCACGCGCUACCGGUCACUUCGCAACACAGUCGCAGUUUUGCAAAAAGUGUCGGCGCUGCGUACCUCCUGGGAACCAUUCUCAACCAUGCAAGUCAUCUUACGCCAAAAGCUAGUCGUUAAUUGUGUCAUAAAUCCGCUUACCGCGAUACUCGGUUGUCGCAAUGGAGAACUGUUCGAACACGAGGCCGGAGGGCGCAUGGCAUAUCGAGUUUGCACAGAAGCGUCGUUAGUAUUCAGAGCAGAGGCCUUGGCAAAUCGUCGAGAGGGAACGUCUCUCAAAGACGUCUACAUACCCCCGGAGCUAUCAAACGGUGCCCUUAUCGAUGAAUGCAAGCGCGUGGCGAAGAUCACUGAGAACAACAUGUCGUCGAUGUUGGCGGACUUGAAGAAAGGAAAGAAGGUAACGGAGGUCGAGUUUCUCAACGGACACUUGUUAACGCUGGGCAAUCGUUACGAUCUACGUUUGCCUAUCAACGCCAGUCUACUCGACCUGAUGCUCAUGCGGUCACAAAUCCCCCUCGAUACGAUGCUUUAAUGUAGUAAAUAUCUGCACAUCUAUAUAGCUAGAAUUACC